AAUACCUCAUGUGGCUUACCUGCUUUCGUCGGGUUGCGUUUUGGCCUGCCGUCCAGUACUCUACUGCUCCAGGCCAGCGUAGCAGCUUCAGUCCAAAACGCCCCGUGUCAUGAGAUCUUUCGAUCCAGUAAGGCGGAAUCUGGCGACUUCGACGUGUAUGUUGUGUUAUCGAAUUCACCGGAAACUACAAACUGCGAGUCGCUCUUACGCAUCGAUCGGCACGUGUGAGGCCGAGAAAUCCACGCCAGUGGCGGAGCCACAUGGUGAUCCGUGUGGGCCAUGGACCAACAGUAAAAUCUGGCCCAAAUGCUUAUUACCCCUGUUCUGAUCCAACAUAGAAAAGUACGAUGCUUUUGUUUCAUAAGUUGAUUUCCUUUAUCGAGUUGUUGUUCCGGUUUCCGUCCUUCCAGUUCCCAUCCUGACUACGCCAUCGAUCGUGCAAGUGCUGCUUUUAUAACUCGACGACUCAACGCUUGGGAUUGGGGGCCCAUGUCCAACGGCGGCAACCGGCGUCUGGUCGUGUCCAACGGCGGCAACCGGCGUCUGGCGACCAGGAUCAAGAGCAGCGUUCAACAAGCAGCACCAGGCAUCAUGAGAGUGGGAUUCUAUUAAAAUGGAGUUCUUCAUAAAAGGCGGGAACGAGAAAAAGGUUAAUUGCUACCACUACCAAAAGCUUUGCUCAUGGCGGCGAGCAUCUCGUCUGCGCUGCUGCUCCUGCUCAACAUGGCGGGAGCAUUGCUCUCGCCGCGCGCUCCUCCUCCGGCUCCGGCAGCCUUAACCGGCGCCGGCGACGGCGAGGACGUCGACUUCUUCUUCUUCCCCUUCCUGGUCCUCUACAAGAGCGGCCGCGUCGUGCGGUUCAUUGGCACGGACACCGUGCCGGCGUCGAUGGACCCGGCCACCGGCGUGGCCUCCAAGGACGUGGUCAUCGACGCCGACGCCGGCCUCGCCGUCCGCCUCUACUUGCCGAACGUCGCCAACCUCACGGCGGGGAAGCGCGGCGGCGGCGACAAGCUGCCGGUGGUGGUGUUCUACCACGGCGGCGGGUUCGUGACGGAGUCGGCGUUCUCGCCGACGUACCAUCGCUACCUCAACGCGCUGGUGUCGAAGGCCCGGGUGGUCGCCGUGUCCGUGGAGUACCACCUCGCGCCGGAGCACCGGCUCCCGAGGGCCUACGACGACGCGUGGGCGGCGCUCCGGUGGGUGCUCGAGAACGCCGGUGCCGGGCCGGAGCCAUGGCUGUCGCGCCACGGCGACACGGCGAGGCUGUUCCUCGUCGGGGACAGCGCCGGCGGCAACAUCGCGCACAACGUGGCGAUGCGCGCCGGCGGGGAGGGGGGGCUGCACGGCGGCGCGGCCAUCCGCGGCGUGGCUCUCCUCGACCCCUACUUCUGGGGGAAGCGGCCGGUGCCGUCGGAGACGGCGGACCCGGCGACGCGGCGGUGGCGGGAGCGGACGUGGGGGUUCGUGUGCGCGGGGCGGUACGAGGUGGACGACCCGGUGAUCGACCCGGUGGCCAUGGCGCGCGGGGAGUGGCGGCGGCUCGGGCGCGCGCGCGUGCUGGUGACGGUGGCGUCGCUGGACACGCUGAGCGCGAGGGGCCGCGCCUACGUCGCGGCGGCCAGGGCGAGCGGCUGGGGCGGCGAGGCGGUGCUGUACGAGACGCCCGGCGAGAACCAUGUCUACUUCCUCGUGGAGCCGGACGGCGAGAAGGCGGCCAAGGAGAUGGAUGCUGUCGUCGCAUUCAUCAAUGAAGGAGAACAAGUGAUCACAGCUUCAAGAAUGGAUGCUUAAACUGCCUAGUUGGCUAGUUACUUGUGAUAAUCUGCAUAGGUUGAGGCCUGAUCGGUUUUGAAGGAUACGUGUAUACAUGCUACUGUUCAGUAGUGUCAGAAAAAAAAAGUUACUGUCAGUGUGGGUAGGAGAAAGAUAUGAAACGUAUUUUACACAA